GUACACUAGAAUGAAGUUCUAGCGCUGUAAAAAGGAAGUGCGCCUGCGUAGUUUUCAGCAAGUAGUUCAAUUUCAUAAUAAAUAUACAUCUCUACGAUGGCGUUUAUCAUUAAAUCGAUCACAUAAAUAUUGACUGAAAAAGUGGUCGAAAUUACCGCAAUUGAUCUUAUAGCAAACUGUUAGACUAUUAUUUGUACUAUAAGUAAGAAAUUGUAUUUUGUGUUCACAUUUAGAAAAAAGGAUAUAGCAUAUUUAAUCGACCAUCGGUAAAAAGAGGGGAUAAAUGCAUUUGCUUUCUAAAUUCACAGUAAUAAUUUGGAGCUUACAGAGACAUGGCACGUCUAGUUCACUAUUGCACUCUCAAUAAAAUUCUAUUGCUUAGUGUCGGCUUAUGGCCUUACCACCAAUCUAAACUUACUCAAUUUCAGUCUAUUGUCUUAUAUGCUAUUUUGUCAACGGGUAUUAUAUUUCAGAUAACAUCAUUAAUAACAUGUACUUCGGAUCUUGUUAUCAAGGUGCUGUCUUCCAUAAUUUUUGUUUUAAUGUCUAUAAUACAGUAUAACACAUUCUAUUUUAAUAUCGAAGAUGUCAAGAACUUACUAAUGGAGCUUCAACAUGUACAUAAUAAAUUAAAGGACGAAAAUGAAAUUGCUAUUGUAGAGAAGUAUAGUUGUAUCGCGAAACGUUACACGAUUGUACUUAUGGGAAUUGUAAUAUGCGGAAUGUGUAGUCUUGUUAUAGUUCAACUAUGGUUGAAUAUAGCUAAAGUUGAUUCACGAAUAAAUGCAUCCGAGCCGUAUUAUUUAUUCAUCAUGGAAUAUUUUGUUGAUCAGAAAAAGUAUUUUUAUCUGAUUGUGCUGCACACUAACACAGUAUUUUGCUUCGGUGAUAUUACAAUGAUGGCCGUAGGUACAAUGUUCAUCACAUAUAUUGAGCAUAUGUGUGGAAUGUUUAGAAUUGCUAGCUAUCGUAUCGAGCACGCAAUAAACAUCGAUGUUCUACAAAAUAUUACGUUUAAAAAUAAAAUUUUGAUGACUGAAGGUAUAAUUUGUGCCGUGGACAUUCACCGUCAAGCUAUGAAAUUAUCCAAAUAUUUUCUGGCCACAUUUGAAAACAUGGUAUGUUGUCUUACUGUAUGUGUAGUAGCUGGCUUUAGCCUCAAUUUGUUUCAAGUAAGUUGCCUGUUUAUGUAAUAAUGAACGAGAGUUGCAUCAAAAUUAUAUAUUUAUAAUAAUUCUAUAAAUACAGGGUGUUCCGCAGUUCUCUGACCGUCGUUCACGAGAAGGUAGAGAGGAUCAAAAUAAACAGAAUAGUCUUUUACUAUUUGCAAUUGGAAUAAUAAUUAUCGAGAUAUUGAUAAACAAAUCGCCGUAUAAGCCCGACCUCCUGCCACAUGUAAGCGCGCGGUGAGAUGCCCAUCGUCCCCUGGGUAGGUUGGGCUAAUACGGCGAAUUUUUAUGAUCAAUAUCUCGAUAACUAUUGUUCCAAGUGCAAAAUGGUAGAAGACUUUUUUGUUUGCUUAGCCCCCUCUACCUUCCCGUGAACGGCGGUCAGAUCACUGCGGAACACUCUGUAUAAUAGAUAAUUGACGAAUCAAUGUCACAAUAAAAAUUUUCUUUCUAAACCAAUAAAUGGCAAGUGCUGUAUGUAUGGUAUAUGUAUUUGCAGAUGCGUGAGGAGAAAAAGAACACAAAAAAUAGCCAAACAUUUACGCUGUUUUGAAUCAUAAUAAUGUUACAUGUUAUUUUGUAAAUUUGUUUAUGUUUGUUGUCAAUCUUGUUAAGAAUUGUUGUAAAUCUAGAUAAUCUGGAAACAACUCUCAUAUUUAUAUAAUAACAAAAUAUUAAUACUUAUAUUACUUGAAUAAAUUAUUUAUAUAUUCAGUUAGUAACAUGAACAAAGAAUAUUUGUGUAUUUCUCAUAAUCUAAUAUUUACUACGUUUAUUAUCAUUAUGAGAUAAUAUUUACUGUAUAUACAUACGAGGUCUGUAAAUUAAGUAAUGAGACUGGCCGCCGCGCGGCGCUCCAGUCGCUAGCAGCGCGCCCCCUGGAGGCGGGAUUUGUAGUGGGGGGCUAAGCUAAACAACGCACCGGGCGGCAGUCGCGUCCGAGCUUAGACGCAGUGAGAAUUACGCGUGGCGCAAAAGCUGUUUUGAGUUCUUGUCACGGCAGAAAACGUCAAAAAUGGAACGUUCGCUGGAGCGGCGCUACGCGAUUAAAUUUUACUUUCACCUGGGCAAAACCGCUUCCGAGACGCUUGCCUUGGUUAAGGAGGCUUACAAAGACGACGUCCUGUCGGGUGACCUUCUAUUGGACACGUAACGAUUGGACACCUCUCGAUUGGACACGCACUAUUGGACA